AUCAAAUUUUAUAUUUUGUUUUCUUGAAAGCAAAUUGUCUUUGCUUCACCAGAAGUACAUUAAGGAGUGAAGUAAUCGCCUGUCGACUGUGUACUGAAAAAUGUCAAAGUGUUGUAGGGCGAUUUCUGUUUUUCUAUUUCUGGUGUACUGGUAUAUAGUGUAGAUCCCACUGCGUUCAGCGCCAUGUAGAGUGCGCGGAGUUGUUACAACGCUCUGCUGUGUUAUAGGGAGGACAUUCCUACCAGUCGUACACAUGUAGUGUAAAACUCUACAUUUUCUACAACAUACAUGUACCUACUCAUUAUGGAAUACAGUUAUAAUAAGGAUCCAACGGAACUUCUUACCAAUACGUAGACGAGCAGGGCUUUUACUAUCAAGAAAAGGAAAGAAAGCACAAGAACAUCAGGAAAGUACAGUCCGGACAGAUAACCGUACUGUUCAUAGACAAGGUCAUCAUAACAAAUAGAAACAAAGGAAAACAUUAGAAGGAAAUGAAUCAACUCGUCAUUGAGAUUCUACAGUGCAUUUGACGGUUAUGAGAACCUCUAUCUAAAAGUCAAAACAUAAACACACAAAACUUUCUUACAAAGAACUGGUCAAAAACCUGACAUGUGUUACCAGCUGUUUCAUCUAAAGUUGAAUAGAGGAAAUGUUAUGAAAGAAAUGUCGGAAUAUUGUUGUUAAUCAUCAGAUGUCGUAAAUGUUUACGUUUAAAUUAGAUAUAACUAUUGAUACUCAAAUGUGCAGUGUUCUGAACAUUACUGCGAUGAUGGUUAGUGAAAGUGAAAACAAAUCGUCAUAGAGCAGUAUUAUUCGUCAACCGUGGUUUACAUUAAAUUUUCAACCAGAUGUAAAAUCAAUAUGGUCAUAUAACAGAACGUUUGAGUAAGGUGAAAGGUCGACACACUUUUCAGUUCGUCAGUUGAACUCUGUGAAAAACGGGUAUACUUGAAAUAUGCAAUGUCUUAUCGAUUGUACUGUGUUCCUACGCACAUCAUGCCUUAAGGAGUUAUGCUAUUUAGGAUUGAAUGAACAGCAUCUAUCGGCUAGGGCUAAUUACUGCUUAAUGAAUCGUAUUGUUGCGGUUUUUUUGUGUUUCUGCUCUUGUCUGCGACAGGAAAUCAAAAUGAAAAAGUUACAAUACAAACAACAUUACACGUGGAAUUAUACAACUAGCCUAAUUUAACUAGAAAUUCUCUUAACGAUCAAGCUGAGUAAAUCGUUGCCCUUUCCACAUCGAACCAACUGCGGAUUUUGUAAGAUUUAAUUCAGUAUGGAGAAUGAGACCGUGAAUCUAAGUUGCCGGCCCGAGCCUAAACCGGAACAGAUCUUGGGAGAUGGCGUGGUUUCGACACUUGUAAUCAUUUGCCUUUCAAGCCUUCCGGUAUUGACAAUAUUAGGAAACCUCUUGGUCAUCAUCAUCAUUGUCAGACGCAGUAACUUCCGGCAGAAAGCCAAUGUGUUUGUAGUGUCUUUGGCCAUUGCUGACAUUGCUGUAGCAAUUUUCGUGAUGCUGUUUUCCAUACUGCAGGAAGUGAGUAACAUGGCGUGGCUAAGUGAUCCAAAUAUCUGUCUCAUGGCUUGGAGUUUUGAUGUGAUGUUUACCACAACGUCAAUUCUACAUUUGAUGUGUAUGACAAUAGACCGGUAUGUGGCGAUAUGUUUGCCUUUUAAGUAUCACGAUCUGAUAAGUCAAACGUGUGUGGCAACCCUACUGAUGCUCUGCUGGUCACUGCCGGCCGUAAUCUCAUUUGGAUUAAUAUUUGGUAAAGUUCACAUGAUCGGAAUAGAAGAAUAUUAUUCUUGUUCCUCUCAGUGCCAGUUCAGAGUUAAUGCCUAUUAUGCUGUCAUAUGCUCUGUCAUUUCAUUCUACAUUCCGUCAAUAUUCAUGUUAGUGCUAAAUUUUAAGAUUUUCUGGAAUGUUCGAGUUCGAACACGACAACUUCGCCAAAUGACGGACGGUAUGGCAGUGCAGUCUAAACAAAAAGAACACUUCCUCAUGAGGGAGGCUAGUGUUGCCAGGACAAUAGCCAUUAUGCUGGGGUGUUUUCUCAUAUGUUGGUUGCCAUUUUUUGUCUUCAACGUCAUCGACCCACUUAUGAACUAUACGAUCAGUGAGGUGCUUUGGAAAAUAGUGACUUGGUUCGGUUAUGUAAAUUCAACUAUAAAUCCCUAUUUGUAUUAUUUUCGUAACAGAAAAAAUCGGCCAUGCAUAUAUAAGUCUAAUGUGAUGAUGAAACGAAGUGCAAGUUGUAAAGGUCAUCAGGUGUAGUGCAACCUUUCCAAGCCGAACACCACAGGGACCAACAACAGUAAUGAGGUUAGGUUUUCCGAUACUUCAAACCGAGCUAGAUGAAGAUAUAUCGAAAAACAGGUUUACAAGUGACACUGAAAAAGCAAAGUGUUUUAUAGUUUGUUGUUUUGCUGAAUACAUGUGUCAUUGAAUUAAAUAGUAAGCUGGAGAAGACAGUAAAAAAACCCACAUUACAAUCAAUUUAUAACAAUUAUGUUUGAUAUGGACACAUAAAUGCUCAACAUUAAAAAUGUUAUUCACUUU